AUGACAAACCCUAAGUAUCAGGACUGGAAACUCGUCAACCUAGAUCGUUGUUGCUCUCAUGAACAACUUCGUGGAUACAAGCAGUUUCUCGACUUCAUCUUCCACGACCAUAAGUGGCUCGUCUUGCUCCUCGCGCGCCCAGUGUUCCGCUCUCAAGCACCGAAAGUCUGCCUUCCUCCGCCCGAUACUUCGAGGCGCGACCUUGGACGAUUGUCUCUUCCACCCGAGAUCAUCAAUCUUGUAUUCGGGCAUAUUGAAGAGCUGAAGGAUAUUGUCGCCCUCGCAGUCUCCCAUCGCCUCCUCUCCGUUAUAGGUUGGCGCCGCUUGAUCCAGGUUCGUCGCGCACAACUCGCUGAGCAUAGCUGGUGCGACAAUCGUAUUAUCACUCUGGGCGAAUUGGUCAACGACCUCGAAGAUCUUCCUGAAGGUGCAGAACCACGGAGAAUGAGAGACGUCCUGCACUUGCCCGAGCAUGGGAGAAGGAAGUACCCUAGCCCCAGCGACAUUCAAGACAUGCUGAACGAAGUCCGGAACGAUCUUGCUGAGAUACGUGCAGAGAGACCGCUGAUGGACGGGGACACAGAUGACGAGGACUUUGACAUCACGGAUCUGAACCAUGAACUGGGGUUCUUCGAGUUUGAGGGUGAUGAUGCUGAGGAGGGGUUCUUCUGGUUCACCAGCAAGUAUUAUCCCGAUAUAUCUCAGGCGUCGAGCGAGAGACGAGGAGGAAGCGAUUAUCACUUCGAUACCUCUUCGCCGCGCAUCAAACUGGACUGUUGCCGUGCGGACAUGUUCUACGCGUCUACUGCACCUUAUUACCCAGCGGCAUGUGAAUGGGCUCUGUGCAAUUCGACCAGAAAAGAGUACGUCCUGGCUAGCGUGAUCGCCAAGAUCCCACGCUGGCAGUAUAACUGCGACACGCGCGGUCCUUUCAUCGUUGACGGGGCUUACUGCGAGAAAAUCUUCGACCUUGGAGCACUUGCCCUGCUUUUGACAGCUUGGUCGACAGACAUGGGCUCGAUCUGUGAUAAGGGCCUGUGGGCAGGGGAGCGAUUGUCGAUACUACGCAUCGAGGAUAUCGGGGAUGGGGAGAGAGCCGGUUGGGUUGACGUUUCGAAAGAGAUGCAUAAACGAGUAGAGCAGUGGAUGUGGCGUCAUCAAGAACAUUUGGAGUUGAACAUGGCCAUAUAA